UAUGAUGUGAUUUCUUAGUCUGCUUGUGCAAACUUCUUUCUAUGUAUGGCUCUCUCUUGAUGUUUAUAAGUCGCGGCUCUCGCGCCAAACCCCUGACUGCACUUUCAUCCCCACAAUCACCUCCUUCAUCAAUCUACCAUUGCAUACGAACCAUGACUUCUACAAAAGACGUUUCAGAUCAGAGUGACAUCGGUAAAAUGAAGACAGAGUCAGAUGGCUCCUUCAAAAGAGCUGCGUCAAGCUUUAGGAAUUUCAUCAAGAACGAUGGCAAAUUCCUUCCAGAGAAAGGGAGAUACCGCCUCUACAUAUCUUAUUCAUGCCCAUGGGCUACGAGGACUAUCAUCACUCGAAAACUGAAAGGACUGGAAGAUUUCAUCCCCGUUACCGCAGUAUCCCCUCACAUGGGCGAGCAUGGUUGGCCAUUCAAGAAUGCGGAUCCGACCUGGCAGGAUGCAGAUGACGACGCCGAACACCCAAAUCUCCAGCACAUCAAAGAUCUUUACUUCCUUGCUGAUCAGAACUAUGGUGGAAGGUUUACGGUCCCCGUGCUGUGGGACAAGAAGCUCAAUACUAUUGUCAACAACGAAAGCUCCGAAAUCAUCCGCAUGUUCAAUACCGCCUUUAAUCACUUGCUUCCCGCCGACAAAGCGGCGGUUGAUAUCUACCCCGAGGCACACCGCCAGGAGAUUGAUAGUAUCAACGAGUGGGUGUAUGACACCGUGAACAAUGGUGUGUACAAAGCUGGAUUUGCAGCAUCCCAGUCUGCGUACGAGGGCGCCGUCUACCCUCUAUUUAAAUCCCUCGACCGACUCGAGGAGAUGCUCAAAGGCAAGGAUUACCUCGUGGGCAACACCCUCACCGAAGCGGACAUCAGGUUAUUCGUUACAACCAUCCGCUUCGAUCCCGUGUACGUCGGCCACUUCAAAUGCAAUUUGCGUGACAUUCGCCACGGGUACCCUAACAUCCAUCUGAAGUUGUACUGGAACAACGAUGCUUUCAAGUCGUGCACCAAGUUCGAUCACAUCAAGGAGCAUUACUAUUGGUCUCAGAUAAAGGUAAACCCCUCCAGGGUAGUUGCCGCUGGCCCAGUUCCACACAUCGAGGCUCUGUAAAGAAGCCAUUUUAUUUCAGCUUGUAUUUAUACGACGAAAGAACACAUGUAUGCUACAGAUUGAUAGCUGCCGGCGCGAUAGUCAUUGUGUCCGCCAAGUCACUUGAAUUCCAGAAACAUUUUGACAACGCA